AUGAAUGUUAUCAAUCGUUCCAGUAACGUGAGCUAUACCUCAUCGUCAGCAGCUUCUCUACGACACGUCGGUGACGGGCCAUCAACGAGUCCGCCGCCAAACGAAGCAGAAACGUUGCCAAAUGGUCGGCUGACAUUACGGGAUCGUAUCACCGAGAAUAUCGGUAAUUGGCUUGACCAACUGGCUGAAGCGUUUGCAGAAACCAACGAAGAUGACAACAGUAACAGCAAUAUGAAUUCACAAAGCAAACCUGCUGAACCAGAAAAGCUAAGCGCUAGAGCGCUCAGAAGAGAUAUCCGACGUUGUUUGAACUGUUCAAAACCCUAUCUACAAACAUGGGUUGUGCUUCACGAUUUACUUAUUUGGAAGGAUCCACUCACAUCACUGAUGGCAUUCUUCAUAUACGCUCACAUGUUUUACACUGGUCAUUUGUGGCCAACAUUUCUGGGUCUGAUCUUGUUGCAGCUAUUUUUCAACUAUUUAACAACACAAAAGAAGAUUAAAGUUGGCUUAUAUUUUAUGCCACGACAAGACAUAGAACCACCACGUUUCGAUCGUUCUGGAGUGAGUCUGAUAUUCGAUAUCGCCUAUAAAGGACAGAUUUUGUUUCACUUUUUAGCCAACUGCUUGGAGAAAGUAAACAAGUAA